AUGUACGGUCUGUACAGAGCAUGGUUCGGCGGUGGCACCGCCGCGAGCACCGGCUAUCCAUGUCUCCAGGACACGUUCUCGCCGCCCGAUACGGUGGUGCGAGUCGGCAACGAGGGUGAGCACCAGUUCGUCGCACAUAAGGGUGUACUCGCGGCCCACAGCGGUUACCUCAAGGCCCUGCUGGCGAGCGCGGCACAGACGACGACGAUGACUACGACGUCAUCGUCGAUGGCGACAGUGAAUUCGCUCUACGAUCCCGCCAACAUCGCCGUCACGACCGCCAAUGAGCAAUCGCCGCGACCGGUCACCUCUGUGUCGGUCUCGUCCAUCGGUGGAGAGGCUUUCGCCCCGCUGUUGAACUACAUGUACACCGGCCGACUGGAGGUGACGCUGGACAACGUUUACAGUGUGCUGCUGGCAACGCAUUUGCUGCACAUGCCAGGUGCUCUCGAGCAAUGCAGAGCCGCGCUGCUGAGGCUGCGAGCGCCGCCGCCGCUACCACCGCCGGUACCGACGUCCACGUCGACAACAAACGCGCCGCCGGGGAGCAUCCUGAGACCCAUACCAAGCAGGCUGGUGGUGGGCCCGCCGCUAUGCUGGCCCCCGACGACGUCGCUCGCGUAUCCGCCGACUGCACCGACGGCACCGGCCAUGCCGCAUCUGUCGAUGCAGCCGUUGAUGCAGCCGCCCGUCGUCAUCGCAGCUCCGAGAGAGAAGCAAGAGCAGUGCGCGCAUUAUAGCGUCGGUGAAGCGUCGAAGCUACCCGAGUCCUCGCCGACUUCGCACACCCAUCACAAGCGUCAACGAUUGAGCCGUCGUUCGAGAACACCGGAGAUCGUUUCUACUGUAUCCACCCUACCGUUCGUGGCCGCAGCCGCGGCCGCGUUCACUGCGUUCGCCGUGACGAACACAACGACGAACUCUACGACGAGAACAUCAUCGCCAGCGCGCUCCAUUUCGCCCGCUCUGUCCUCCGUGUCGCGCACGAACUCGCCUAUACCGCACCACAGCAACGACAAAUCGGCAGAAGUUCGAGAGAUUCAACGAGGAGAACAGGAAGUCGAAGUUUCUAGCAACGAUCAGCAGCGCAAGAUGUGCGCCACGGUAUCCAUUGAUGAUCGCAAUCGCGGUAACAACAACAGCAAUGUCGGAGCCAUCGCCGAACACGAUCGAGGUCGCUCGUCACGUCGCCGAGCUCGAGCCUCGAACGCGAAGGAGACCACCACCACCACCACCACCUCCUCCUCCUCAUCCUCCUCCAAGAGCACUGUCUUCUCCGUGGUGUAUGACAUCGCAUGCUGCGACGGACCGGUGCGCUUUCACCGAGUCCUGAAUGAAAACUACUCGUCGACUACACCGCACGGGCCCAACAUGCAAGCUCGCUCCCCGAGAAACUGUCAGCUACCGGAAGGCGAAGAUUUGUCGAGUGAGAAUGAUGAGAACGGCGGGCCGGGGACGAGAGGAGGCAGCCUCGUGCACAGUCCCAGCAACGACUCGAGCAACGACGGCAGCAAUGGCAAUAGUGGCGGCUGCUACACCUGCGGUUACUGCAAGCACACCUUCAAAUCGCAAUACUGCUAUAGGAAACACGCUAAGCGGCACUUGCUACCGACAAGAAUCAACGGUGGCAACCGACGGUGGUGGGAAGACACUGCGCGAGGAAAUAGACGAGAAGUUCGAUUAUUGGACUUGAACGUGCAGUAUUAUCCCUGCAAGAUCUGCGGCUGCAAGUUCCCGAGCUACUACUUUGUUCACAAACACCGGAAGAUGUGCCACGCGAACGAAGAAGAGAGGCCGGGCACCACGGACGCGAACGCGUCGAGUCGCGACGCGGACGCUUCGUCCACUCAGGACGCUCCGUGAAAGGACAUGAUUCUCUUUCUCUUUGCGGACAGACUUUUCCCUCAUCUGUCCCCAAAUAUUCAUGGAAAGAACGAGAAGAGGGAAGAUUCCGCUCAGCAAGAAGAGAAACAAGACUAUCAAAGAACAAAAUGGAAUAUCGAUACUUGAAUAUUUAAUUGUAAACAAACUAGAUCGGCAAAGACUAUUGUAGAAUGCAACGAAAUGAACAUUAUGCUUAACAUUCGACAUUAAAGCACGUUCUUACAUUACCUCAGAAAUGUAUAAAUCAUUAGCCUAGCGUUAAACAGCGAGCAAGCCUAGCGAACAAGCGUUAAAGGAGAAUUUAUAUAAUUAUUGAUUGGUUUAGUGUUUUUAAGUAGACAGAGUAACUAAUCGCGUUUCUCUCUCCUUAUACGUAUUCUUUAACGUACAUCUUGAUGUUACACACCGCAAUGUUUUGCGCGUUGAUGCAUUCUCCGUGCAUCAACAAAUUGUACAAAAACCGAUAGAAAUUUGCGGCAUAGUUAUGUAGUCGAUGUAAAGCAAAUGCUAAUUUCUCUAUGUGAAGCGGAACAGCGCGUACACACAACUGUAUUUAAACGUUAAAUUUACCUGUAAAAUUGAAUCUAAAGUGAAAUUUAAAUCUCAAUUCAUUGCCGCUUUUCCAUUCGUCUUGCACAGAAAAACUCCAGCCGCAUGGAAUCGUUCUUUAUACUUGAAUAAUGUAUAAUAUCUCGAUAAUUUUCUCCUGAAUUUAAAUAAGU